AGAAGCGUCGCGUCCCCCCCCCCGGGGUGGGCUGCUGGGGGGGGGGGGGCGGGGGAGGGAACGCGUUUCCGCGCGGCGUUUCCACCCGGACACCAAACGCUGCGACACCGGCGCGGGCCGGACCCCCCCCCCCAGCCCCCCCCCCCCCGCACCGGGCGCCCCCUCCCGCCCCGCGGGGCCGGGGACCCCCAUGCGGCGGCCCCGCACCCCCCGCCCGGCCCCCCCGGGCCCGCAGCCGGGGUCGGUCCCCGCCGGAGACGCCGCGGCCUGAGCGGGGCCCCAUGAAGGGCCCGAGGUGGGGCCCGGGGCGCGGAGCCGCCGGGAGCCGCACCGAGACCUCCAACCACCCCCCGCCGCCGCCGCCCCCCGCCCCGCCGCCACCGCCGCCGUCACCGCCGCCACCCCCCACCCCACCCGCGGACCCUCCAUCCUCCUCCUCGACCUCUCGCCGUGGGUCCAGCCCCCCAUCCGGGGGUCGCUACCUUCUGAUCGACAACCAAGGCUUGCCCUACACGGUGCUGGUGGCCGAACCCGGGGGUCCCGGGACCCUCCGCCGCGCCUUCUCCUGCCCGGUUUGCGGCCGCUCCUUCGAGUACCUCUCGUACCUGCAGCGCCACAGCAUCACCCACUCGGAGCACAAGCCCCACGUGUGUCGCGCCUGCGGCAAAGCCUUCAAGAGAACGUCCCACCUGGAGCGUCACAAGUACACCCACGCCGGCCGCAAGCCCCACGCCUGCCCCCUCUGCCCCCGGCGCUUCCGGGACUCGGGGGAGCUGGCCCACCACCAGCGCGUGCACACGGGGGAGCGACCCUUCCAGUGUCCCCACUGCCACAUGCGUUUCGGGGAGAGGAACACCCUCCAACGGCACGUCAGGCGCAAGCAUCUGCCCCGGCCGCCGGCGCCGUGACGGGGGCGGGGGCGGGGGUGGAGGGGUGGUGUGCGGGGGUGGGGGUCGUCGUGGUGGCCCUGGGGUUGGGGACGUGGAGGGGUGGUGGUCAUGGAGGUCGUCCAUAGAGGGGUGGUGGCCCUGGGGUUGGGGACAUUGAGGGAUGGCAGCCAUGGAGGUCACCCAUGGAAAGAUGGUGGCCCUGGGGUUGGGGACGUGAAGAGGUGGUGGUCAUAGAGGUCAUCAUGGAGGGGUGGUGGUCAUGGAGGUCACCCAUGGGGGGAUGGUGGCCCUGGGGUUGGGGACGUGGAGGGAUGGCAGCCAUGGAGGUCACCCAUGGAAAGAUGGUGGCCCUGGGGUUGGGGACGUGGAGGGAUGGUGGCCCUGGAGGUCAUCAUGAAGGGGUGGUGGUCAUGGAGGUCGUCCGUGAAGGGAUGGUGGCCCUGGGGUUGGGGACAUUGAGGGAUGGCAGCCAUGGAGGUCACCCAUGGAAAGAUGGUGGCCCUGGGGUUGGGGACGUGGAGGGGUGGUGGUCAUGGAGGUCGUCCAUGGGGGGAUGGUGGCCCUGGGGUUGGGGACAUUGAGGGAUGGCACCCAUGGAGGUCAUCCAUGGAGGGAUGGUGGCCCUGGGGUUGGGGACAUUGAGGGAUGGCACCCAUGGAGGUCAUCCAUGGAGGGGUGGUGGCCAUGGAGGUCGUCCAUGGAGGGGUGGUGGCCCUGGGGUUGGGGACAUUGAGGGAUGGUGGCCAUGGAGGUCGUCCAUGGAGGGAUGGUGGCCCUGGGGUUGGGGACGUGAAGGGACGGUGGCCCUGGAGGUCAUCAUGGAGGGGUGGUGGCCCUGGGGUUGGGGACGUGGAGGGAUGGUGGCCUCAGAGCUCCUGCACAGAGGGACGGUGGCCCUGGGGACAGGGGUGACACUGCCCAUCCCCCCGUGAAGCUGCUCCCCCACCCCCCAUGCGAGGCCCCCCCCAGCCCCCCCGGGUCUCCCCCACUUGAUGUUGUGUUUUUUUUAAUUAUUAUUAAAAAGCUCUUUUUUUGUUUUUC